ACAAUUAAAUAAAUUUGAAACUCAGUUUCAUUCAAGUUUCAAAUCAGGUUUUAUUUGCAACAAACCAGUCGAGCAGUUGCAAAUCAGUUUCAAAAAGUGCUCGAAAAAUAAAACUGCAACUCUGCGUUGCGAACUGCUAGUUUCAGUUCUAGUUUGAUUUCCAAACACGCCAUACAAAACCCAACAGCAUUGCGACCGGCCUAAUAGUGCUGGGUGUUUAGUAAAUAAAUUUAAACAUUUUGCUGGGGGAAAAUCAACCGUUUUGAAUUCCAGCAUGGCAUCCGGCGUAUGCCGUGCUUGCGGGUCAGGAUUGCCCUCGGAUGCGAUUUGGGAAGCUCUUGAAAAAUACGUCGAAAUCUACUCCCAGCUGACAGCGAUUCAAUUGGAGAACGAAAAAAUACUACCAGAGCUGAAGAUAUGUCUGAACUGUGUAGAAAAGCUGCAGGAGUUUGAACAGUUCAGAAAGCUAUGCCUGCAGGUUCAUUGGAAGUUGCACAGUGAACCGUUGCACAAUGUGAUUGUGAAACAGGAAGUAGAUCCUGAUCAAAUGAUGUUUCACGUUGAAACGGAAUUAGUCGAAGCAGAUGAUUUUAAGUCCGAAUCCGAGUCGGACAACGACGAGAACGACGACGAUUUCGAAGACGACGACGACGAUGAGGAGGACGAAGACAACAGGCCACUUAAAGAUCUGAUCAAAACUGAGACCACCAUCGACGGAAAUAAUGAUUCCCUUGCUGCCGAUAACAAGAAAAAACGCGCAAAAUAUGGUAGCCUCAAAGAUCGGCCACAGAAGGCUCGCAUCCCAAUCUACAGCUGCGAUCGUUGUCCGAAGAAGUUCAGAGUCAUCUUGCGACUCGAAGCUCAUAAGCGAACUCAUGACGGCUUGAAGCCAUUCGAGUGCGAGCUUUGUGGCAAGGACUUUGCCAAAUGGAACAACCUGAAAACGCAUCACAUCCAGAAACACACGGAUCAGAAAAUUGCAAUCCCUUGUGGGUUCGCAGGCUGCGAUCAAAAAUUUGCCACCCGGCAGGGCCAGAAAAGGCAUUACUUGCGAACGCACGAUCCCACCUACGUGAUACCGGAGCAGACGGCAUUCGUUUGCGAUACCUGCGGGAAGACGUUCACUACAAAUGGAGCACUGAAGAAGCACAAGUUCAUCCAUGCGCCGAAUGAGAUGCCCUUCGUGUGCGGGCUGUGCGGCAAAAAGUUUCCCACUUCACAUAAGUUGAAAGAGCAUACGAUGCGCCACGAGGGCAUCAAGAAUCACACCUGUUCGUACUGUGGGUUGAGGAAAACGACGAUGCAUGAGCUGAAGACGCACAUCAACACGGUACACUCAAAGUCGAAGACCUAUCCAUGCGAGAUCUGCACGUCAGAGUUCACCAAUAUCGGAAACCUCAACCGCCACGUCAAAAUCGUACACCUUGGCAUGAAACCGUACGUCUGUUAUGUUUGCGAACGAGCCUUCGGCAAAAGUGACCAUCUGAAGCGGCACAUGAGAAGUCACAAUUUGCCGCCGUCCGCUGCUUUACCUGCUCCACGCAUCCCGAGAGCACCCCCAGUUUAUGCCGAGCUUGAUCAAAACAAAUCGGAAUACACCCCGGCUGCCGUACAGUCCUAGAUUGGGCCUUCUUUUUGUUCCAUAUAUUUGAUGAAAAGCAUUUCUCCAAACAAUCCUUAGGCUAAACAAAAGUAAAGUGUAUAUGAAAAAUAA